GUCUUUGCGGACCCCGGAAGUGCAACUCGAACUUGUUCGGGGCGCGGAUCCCGAGAGAGAAAGUCAAAACAACCGCACGAGGGAGUUCGUUCGGCGAGCUGGAAGGCCACGCCUCCUCCCGCCUUCCCCCACAGCCUUGUAGCUGGGGGCAGAGCUCAGACUGUCUUCUGAAGAUUGAUGUCUAUUUCCUUGAGCUUUUUAAUUUUGUACCCAAUUUGGAUAAACAUGGCACAAAUCCAGCAGGGAGGUCCAGAUGAAAAAGAAAAGACCACAGCACUGAAAGAUUUAUUAUCUAGGAUAGAUUUGGAUGAACUAAUGAAAAAAGAUGAACCACCUCUUGAUUUUCCUGAUACCUUGGAAGGAUUUGAAUAUGCUUUUAAUGAAAAGGGACAGUUAAGACACAUAAAGACUGGGGAACCAUUUGUUUUUAACUACCGAGAAGACUUGCACAGAUGGAACCAGAAAAGAUAUGAAGCUCUAGGAGAGAUCAUCACGAAGUAUGUAUAUGAGCUCCUGGAAAAGGACUGUAAUUUGAAAAAAAUCUCUAUUCCAAUAGAUGCCACUGAAAGUGAACCAAAGAGUUUUAUCUUUAUGAGUGAAGAUGCUUUGACAAACCCACAGAAACUUAUGGUUUUAAUUCACGGUAGUGGUGUUGUCAGAGCAGGUCAGUGGGCCCGAAGGCUCAUCAUAAAUGAAGAUCUGGACAGUGGCACACAGAUACCAUUUAUUAAGAGAGCUAUGGAUGAAGGAUAUGGAGUAAUAGUUCUGAAUCCCAAUGAAAACUAUAUUGAAGUAGAGAAGCCAAAGAUACAUGUACAGCCAUCUUCUGAUUGUUCAGAUGAACCAGCAGAAAAACGGGAAAGAAAAGAUAAAGUUUCUAAAGAAACAAAAAAGCGGCGUGAUUUCUAUGAGAAGUAUCGGAACCCUCAAAGAGAAAAAGAAAUGAUGCAGUUGUAUAUCAGAGAAAAUGGUUCUCCUGAAGAACAUGCAGUCUAUGUGUGGGACCAUUUCAUAGCCCAGUCUGCAGCUGAGAAUGUAUUUUUUGUUGCUCAUAGCUAUGGAGGACUUGCUUUUGUUGAACUGAUGAUUCAACGAGAAGCAGAUGUAAAAAAUAAGGUAACUGCUGUGGCGUUGACAGACUCUGUUCACAAUGUGUGGCAUCAAGAAGCUGGCAAAACGAUUCGAGAAUGGAUGAGAGAGAACUGUUGUAACUGGGUCUCUAGCUCAGAACCGCUAGACACGUCGGUGGAGUCCAUGCUGCCUGACUGUCCCCGAGUCUCAGCAGGCACCGACCGUCACGAGCUCACUUCCUGGAAGAGCUUCCAGUCUAUUUUCAAGUUCUUUGCAGAAGCCUCUGAAGCCAAGACUAAUUCCCUCAAGCCGGCUCUGACGCGGCGCUCACACCGCCUCAAGCACGAGGAGCUGUAAGAGGAGAGCGAGGGAGACGGGGAGGGGCGCCGGGACCCACGCUCGAGCAUGCUUCCACCCUGCUCCUAACGGCUUGUGUCAGCGAGCAGACUCCCGGCCCCUCAUUAGAUUGUUUUCUUCCUAGAGCACAGGGUCGUGAUAUAUACAUCUAAAUAGCGUUUUGCAUUAUUUCUAGAUGAGUGCAACUGUCAAAGCAAUAUGGGUUCACUGGUUGUGCUUCCUGCGGGCCGCGCUGGGCUUCGGGCAGCCCGUCAGCCCUCAGAUUAAGGCUGACAGCGCCCUGCCCAGCGCGGCCUGCGCGCCUCUAAUUGCCCUCUUGGAGACGCGCGGGCGCUGCAGGGUGAGUGGCGUCUGCGCGGUCCUACUGCCCGCCGCUGCGCAGCCGCUCGCCCCUACCCCCGGCCGCAGCCCCCCUUAAUCACGUCCAUUUUCCCCCUCUCUCCUCUCCAAACUGAAGCAAACUUUUAGUGUAGACUUCAAACUUCCCCUUUCAGUAGCUCACUGAGAGCGUCUUAUGCCUCUCUUAUCUUUUUUAAGGAAGUCCCACACACACACCCAGAAAAGCCAAAUUUAAAUUCAGAACAUGAAUGCUGUGAUGUACUAUGUAGUUUUGGGAGUGCAAAUUGUUCUCUCCCUAACGAUCUAUUUUCAUUUCGAGACCAGAAGGAAAACUUUACAUAAAAAAGCUAUGAUGUAUCGAUGCACAUUACUGCUAAAAAUCCUUACUAGUUGAAUGUGACAUUUUAUUACACAAGUUUCUAAUUUCACAAGAUAUUAUUUAAAACAAAACAUAAUGAUGAACAAAUCUUUUAAGUAUAUGUGUGAAAGCCCCCUUUUCAGUGGAAUUUCUAAUUUUAUUAUUAGCAUUGACUUUACUUUUUAAAUAUAUAAUGUAUAUUAAGUGGCAUUGUAAUUUAGGUAGCAUACUUAAGUUUUGCUUUUUAAAGCCUAAUGUGGAGAAAGUUUGUUUUUGUUGUUAACCCUAACUAGAAAGAUCUAUUCUGAUCAUUCAUGGAGUUAGAUCCUUUCAAGGAGAGGAUUUUUUAUCGUCAUCAGGAAAAUGAACCUGUAUACUCUUGAGCCUUUUCCUUCUGAAAGGCUAAGUGGGGCUAAAAUAAUUCUUUUAUUUUUCUGCUGCAGCAGAAAGGGAAAGACCUGAUGUGAAAGAUUUCUCUUCAAUCCAAUAACAAUUGUUCGUAGUCUACUUCCUCUGUAGGGUUUUGCCCUACUGUUUCAACUAUUAAGUAUUUUAAUCUAGCUAAGAUCUGGCCAACACUGUGAAAUAUUAGAGGUAAAAUAAGUUAAGAUUUUGCUGACUUUUACAUUCAAAUAUUAAGUCUUAACACUAUCAUUUUUAAUUCCUUGAACAAUUUAAUUACCCACUGAAUAUUCUGUUUCUAAUAAUUAAGGAUCUGAAUUUAAUAUUCAACCUAUUUUUUUCAAGUAUAUGCAACAAUAUGCCUGCCUUAUUUGAAGAUGUGAUAAAAUGUACCCAAAAUGACUUAGAGCUGUUGACUCCUCAGAAAAAAAUUACAAAAUAAACACCUCAUGGGUAAAAUGUUUUUAUAUUAUGAACAGAUUUCAGCAAGUUUUAACACUGAUAAUAUCUUUGUUUGUAUACAAGUACAUUAAUUAGUUCUUAGAGUUUUAAUAAUAGCAAACUCAAGUGAUCUUUUUUCAAUGGUUAUAAUGCAUAUCUUUCUAUGUUAUUGUAGCAGAAACAACAUAGGAGGAAAACUCAAAACAUCAUAUUGUUCAGUUUCUGGAUAAUUUAAAAUGUGUAACUCCAACAAUGUCAAGCCCCUUGUUUUGCAAUCUUUUCUAUUUCAGAAGUAAUGGUGAACUACAUAAGCUAAUGGUAACUUCCACUGAGAGGAUUUGAGAAUUGAUGUAGAUUGAAUAUAUUUUUUCAAAGUGAUAUAAAUUGUGUGGUGUUUUCAGUACAUGAAAAUGUUCACAGGAAACUAAUUUUGUUGCUUUUUAAAAAAAAUCAGUACUUGUGCAAUGCUAAAUUUGUGAUGCUUCUGCAGCUGAAUUAGAGCAAAGGAAAUAUGCUCAGCUUAUAAAUCAAAUCAUUCCUAUUCCUUCUCUUAGAUUUUCUCACCUCUCUU